AUGACGGCAAAUGGAAAAGUAAAUAAGAACAAGGUGAUUCCGGUUCAACUCGCGACAGAGGAAGAUGAAACUGUUGAGGAGAAUAGAGGAGCGCAAGCUUGUUCGCCUGAGAACGCUGAAGAAAAGGAAAGCCCUAACUUAUACAAAAAAGUACGUAUGGUUUCUCCCUUGAAAUCAGCUGGGCAAGCUAAGUUAAACGUGUCAAAAUGGCGAAAGUAUGCCAGGAGACGAGCCGAUAUAGCAGCUUGGCGUGAGCAUCAAAAAGCGCGAAUCGACUUUCCGACAAUCCGCGAAAGCCAAAGACAGAAUCAUCAACGUAUAAACGCGGCGCAGUUGAGUGAUUUGGAAGAACUAGUGGAAAUAACCUCCAUCCACCAAGGGCAUAGGAAAGAUGGCGGGGUUACAGCUGUGAGCUCACCCAGCCGGGCUUUGUUAUAUUAUUUUGCCAAGCUGGCCGCGUCAACUCGUGAAGAAGAGGUAAUCGAUUUGGAAUUUGUAGAGACGCUUAUUCAGAAUGGCGCUUCCGUGAACACGGCGGAUCGUCAUGGACAGACACUUAUGCACGAGGCAGCAAGGCAGUGGGAUUUGUCCGUUGCUAAGUUACUACUUGAACGAGGUAAGGGAGAAAUAACUUGAAGGGUUUUGAACUCAGUGCAUAAUAGUCUGGUGGACUAACGUCUAAAUUUUUAAAUUGCUUUUAAUCGUUAAAACUACUCGUAAACAUGGGGAGGCAGAUAUGUACAAGUCAUUAUUGGUUUUGCAAAUAUAGUCACGUCAGUAAUUUUUAUCUCAGUGCUGCAAUCACUUGUGGCUUUGGUUGAGGUAGCAUUUUUCUUCUAAGCGCUCUUUAUUUCAGACGCAUUUUAAUUAAUUUCUGAAAAUUUUAGGAAAGAUUCUUCAAAAAAGCUGUUCUCACAAAUGCACGUAACUAUACAUCUUCAGAGGGCUUCUAUGUUAUAGCGAGAGGAACGUCAAAUAUUUCCUUAUUUGCAUGGAGACAAAGAAAACAGUAUUCGUGAUGUACAAAGCACUGAAAGGGUGGACAGGAUUUUCCUUUCUUAUCGUGAUCUUAUCAUUUAUUCUAAGUAAAUUGGAAUUAGUCAAAUGAUAAGCUAACAUAUGAUAGGUAAUGAAAAUUAUUACCACCGACUGUUUCUCAUAAGCGUUGAGCGGAAAGAAAAUGCACAAACACUGGUACAUUGUGGCAUCUCAAAUGAUCCGAAACUGCCAAAACAAUUCUUGACCGACCAGUAACUUAGAAAUCUACGCUCUUUUAAAAUGGUGUCAGAUUUUAACUUCGCAAAGAAAAUUUGCAAAUUGCGCAGUAGGAAUUAUAUAGUUCUAAAAUUAUUAGAGGUUUAGAACUACUUUUUGGGAGCAGAUGUUCGAAUACAACUCAUGAACAUUGACAUGGAACAGUUUUAAAUGUCUUUAUUGUUUCAAUACACUCUAGCUCACUUUAUGGAUUCACUUUGCAUUUAGGCACCAAUUGACCGUCAUUUGCUUUUUGGCGCGAUUUUUGCCGCGCAAUAAUUCAUUUCUUUCUUUCAGUCUAAUUCAAACCUAUGCGUAGUCUGUAGUUUUACAAAACAUUCUUACUCCAAACUUUCCAAAGUAAACAUUUACCUAGAACAGGUACGGUUUGCUCCGUUUUUAUUGCUUUUAGAAAUUUGAAUUUGCGUUUAUCUCUUUUUCCAUUUUCCUGAAAUAUUAAUUACGAAAAAAAACAAAUUGUAUAGGUAGCCAGUUAAAUGGCAGCUUCUAAUAGCGUAAAUAGAAAAACAAAUUAGCACUUUUAAAAGCGUUGAAAACAUAAUCUGCAGGUAAUCGCAGAUGUCUUCGUUCUCACCAAAAAUUUCUCAAGGGAAGUAAAAACAACAACAACAAAAUAUUACUCAUGAAAAACUCAUACCCAUACUAAUGAUAAAAUAGAGAAAUAUUUGCCAUGUAUAGGAAUUCCCUUAAAUUCUCUGAACAUUUUUCAAACAAACAACGUUUUCGUUUCAUCAGGUUUUAAAGCGUAUUAUUUCAAAAGCGUCGUGUCUCUAACGUCAGCCCGAUAUCGUUUAAGUCUCUAGCACAGAAAAUGUUUCAGAGAGGGUUUUAUGAUAUUUAUAUAUCAAUUCACUUUGCACCUUGAACAUCACUGGGUUGUUCACUAUGGUUUUUGUUUAUGGCAAUAGUCAUUUACGGCUUCCGUCAUAUUGCACAUAAUCUACACAUAACCUUACUUCAAAGUAAGCCGAACGAGCUACUCUGAGCAUAUAGUAACGUCCUCGUGUUAAAACGUGCAUCACUCUAUAAAAGUAAUUAUAUCUAAGAAGACUUCGGCUAAAAUUGAUUCUAAGAGCUGUUGUUCGAUGAUGGACCAUAGGUUUGUUGAACACAAAGUCAACUUAACAAAAGUUUAUAGCUUUUCCUAAGGGCAAGGCACAGGUAGACUUAAGCUCGUCAAGGGCUUAAAAUAUGCGGUAGGGAAUAGACGAGUGCUUUCUUAAAUAAUUGAAGAUUUCCGAGCGCGCAAAGAAACUGAAAUGGUCACCUCCUUGUGCCGAACAUUCAAAUAAAGGAAGGCGUCUAUGGUACUCAAUUAAAUUAAAAAACACCGCACAACUCGGCAUGCAAUCUAAUGUGAUUAUUUUCAGUUUCAUAUCAGCUUUUUUAUCCAUUUUCUACAAAGUUCAGUUCAUAAUGCAAAUUUAUUUUGUGGAAUGGCUUCAUAAGAACUUAAAAUGUGGACACACAUUUGACUUCUCGUGCGACGCGCCAAAGUUUGAAGGCAUUAAACCCAAGACAUGUCUUUGCUGAACUCAGCAGUAUUUCAGUGGUGGAUAUGGAAACUAUAGAUGACAAAAUAGAUGCCUGGUACGUUGGACCAAUUUAAAAUUGAGGGUUGAAAGCAAUCUUUGUAAUUGGUCAAGAAAUUUCACACCACUCUCUCAACCAAUGGGAUUGACACCAAUUGCCACUUAGUGGCUUUUUUACUUUGAGCUUUCAUUGGCUCAUUAAUAUGUAUCUUCGAUUUGAUUGGUUGCCUUGAUUGCAUUGGUUUGGGUUAGAUUCAUAACACUCAAUCGAAAUCCGCUUCAGAUUACAGGAUCACUCCCAGAAGGUUAUCCCACUCUUAGAGUAAAAUAAGGUCUACACCCAUAAGUUAUAUCAAGCACCAAUAGCUCCUUUUUGAUCAUGACGGGGAAACUGUUCUGGACCUAGUGGGAGUGUUUUAAAAUAAACGAUGUAUAACUUCCUACACAGGGGCAUCUAUCAAUCAAGCUGACAAAUAUGGCCGCACCCCUCUGCACGUGGCAGCCGCGGUGGACUAUCCUGAGAUGGUCCAUUUCCUGGUGCAGCGAGGCGCAGACAUUCAUGCUAAGACAGGCAAAGAACUACAGACACCCAUACACUUUGCUGCACGAAACGAUGCAACUUCCUCACUUAAGAUGUUGAUGAAAUGUGGCGCUUGUAUAACCGAUAAGGAUUUCAAACAGAGAACCGCUCUGCAGGUCUGCACUAAUGACUGGAGAUAAUUUUCAACGCUGAUCCGUUUUUAUAGAAAAAAAAUGUAUGUCGGUUGGUGGGUGCGCUAUUAUUGACACAAUCACACAAAGUUCGUGUCAAAAGUCAACAUCAGUUGGUGCACCACCUACACUUUGGUGUUCACCGCAAGACGUCAUGAGAUUGUUACUUACUCUGGCAAUCACAAUGAUAGGUUGGGAGAUCUCAUUCGCAGAGUGAGAAUAAGAAAAUAGUGGGAAGGGGAGAAAAGAAAAAAGAAAUCUAGAGGAAAUGCAAGGGGAAGGAAGGGGAGGGCUAAAAUGUGUACCAACUGAUUAUGUCUGAAAGUUGCCUUUUUGAUGCGCAUCAGGAGAGUGGGUUUUAUAAAAAAUAAUGUAAGAAAAAGAUAAGAUGAUUUUUUUCCACUUUUUCAAGAAUGAGUUCUUCGAAUAUAACCGGCCAUCCACUUUCUCGUUAGGUCGCUGCCGAAUUGGAUCGCUCGGAAACAGCGAAAUGUUUGGUAGAGCGCUCAGCGGAGGCUAAUGUGGCUGAUGACAGCGGCAUGACAGCACUUGUCAUGAUGAUCAGCAAGAUGCCCAGUGUGGUAGGUGGUAACUGAACAAGACUGAACCAACUUUAUCACUAUGUAUGAUCAGAAAAAAAAAGAGAGAAUGGUACGUGGACCCAUGUGAUCUCAAAGUGAAUAUAUGUAAGCUGCCACAAGAGCGGGAAAAAUGCAAAUGACCAAGCCACAAUUGAUUUUAGAUUUCGCAUCUGGUUGGUUGAGAGGGUGUCGCAACUUUUCUGUACCGGGCAUAGAGGAUAGUGGAGCAGAAGGAAUAAAAUAUCGUAGUACUUUCGACACUCCAUUAAAAAUUGCAUUUCCAUGUAACUCGAGCGUGUUACCGUGAAGAGAGGGUAAUACGAUUCGACACAGUGUGUGUGUGUUUGUGUGUGUGUGCGAGAGAGAGGUGUCGGAGAUAAUGGUUUUAUCCUUUCGGCCAAGGGCAACUCACUGAGACAAUGAUUGUUUUCUGUUGAAUAUUUUGACCCUAAUUAAUUUGUUUGUGUAUUUCUCGCGCAGGCUAAAGAAGCACUAAAUCAGUUUUACUCCACCGAUCGAGCAAAUAGAAAACAAUAUUUCUAUUUAAACUACCUUGAGCCCCCAGUACCGACUUGCAUGAGUAGCGGAUGUGCCAGGACAGCACUUGAAGUCAUUGUGCAACUCAAGCAGUUUGAUUUGAUUAUGCAUCCAGUGAUACAGAGGCUUAUCAAGGUGAAGUGGAAUUAUUUUGGAAAGCGAGGAGCCUGGAUCCAAGUCGUAGUAAACCUGUUUUUCGUGUUAGUCUGGACUGUGCUUGGCAUCACCACACCAAGUAGGGCUGGUGAACUUUAUGAACCAAUCAAGGAGAAGUGGUGGAGGAUUACGCUGAGUAUCAUAGGGGUACUGAUGACCUUGAAUUUCAUCAGACAAGAAGUCAUGGAAUAUUUCUCAUCGAAAAGAGAACAUAGACUUUGGGUGAAGUGGCGGGAAGAUAAGUUGAGAGGAGAUUUGGAGUUCUGUCAUCCGAGAUGGCCUGGUGAAAGGUUAUAUUUGAUGCAAGAAAUUGACUCGUUGCAUCAUCAGGAACCAGCUUAUUUCAAAGAUGCCUGGAAUUUUGUCGACUGGCUGGCAUACUUCAUGAUCCUUGCCUCCAUAGCGACGAAUCUAAUCGCUUAUCUCUAUGACAACACAUGGGCUCUGAUAGUGCACGUGAACAUUUCAUCUGCAACUCUUGUGAUUUUGUGGAUUCGUCUCAUGAAGUAUGCGCGUGCGUUCACUUCGUUGGGACCCUUUGUUGUCAUGCUCGGUCACGUGAUCAAUGACAUACUCAAAUUUGGAUUUCUAUUCUUCACGUUUUACAUACCAUACGCUGCCUCGUUUUGGAUGGUUUUCAGUGGACAUCAAGUUGAGGGUUAUUCCGACAUUACCGAUCUUCUCUACAGCAUGUUCAGGAUGACUGUUGUGGACGAGUACAAUUACGAUGGACUCGAGCAAGUAAAGCCUAUUAUGGCUAAAGUUCUUUGUGGUACAUACAUUGCAAUCUCAGGAGUGAUUUGUCUGAAUCUUUUUAUCGCUUUGAUGUCUGACACUUUUCAAAGAGUGUAUGACAAUGUCAAGGCAAACGCUGUUAUGCAGCAAGCCACUACUAUUCUGACUUUGGAGAAAAGCCUUUCUGCUUCAAAGCGGCGCGCUUUCACGAACUUCAUCUACACGAGAUGCAACCCUGAGGAGCUUUACUAUGACGACGACUUGUCUGAGGGGGAAGAAAAAGAUCUACAAAGAAUGACGCACCAAAUAAAGGAGCAGGUCGAUCAUAUCUACGCGCAUAUAGCUGAACAAGACAGUGAUAGAAAAAAGAAAGGAACCGCAUCCACGAACGAUGUACAUAAGUUGCGCGAAGAUUUAAAAAAACUAGAGCAACAGCACAGAGCCCUGACAGCGCAGUUUCACAAUCAGAUCGGUGAAGUCAAAGAUAUGUUGGGUGACAUUAUCCAUACUCUAGGCAAACGAAAGAAAAAGAAACACUGA